CACAUGAAUAAAAGGACAAUACUUUCAAAAGGAAGUGAUGACUUCAUGUGAAGUAGAGGAAACUAUUAGGGAGAACUUAACCCAGCACUGGAUUCAAGAAUUAUCCUGUAUGCACCCAGAUGUGACAUGUCAUAUCCUACAUCCAAGAAGCAGAAUAAAAGCUGAACUUGGAGACUUGUUGGAGGGUGGAGAUUGGACCUGACUGUGAGACUGAUUCAUAGACUCCUAUUUGUAGAAUAGCUGCUCCAGCUGCAGACACGCAUUGAAGCUGCUGCUAUUAGGCCCCAUCUCCAAAUCCUGACUGCCUACCGACUGUAUGCUAUUGCUCUUGCUGAAUAUCCAUAAGGGAGGGUUCUCAACUAUAUCACUCUUAUUUCUUUCUUUCCUGUUGACGCUCUCUAUACUGCAGAUACACCCAACGUCAGCUCUUACUUUCUGGAUCAUUGACUCAGGACUGAAAAGUAAAGGAACAUACCCACCAAAUCUUGCUAACUGCUUGUAACCAGUCCCAGCUUAAAUGGAUGAAGACGAUCUGGUUUUGUACCCUUCUUUAUAUGAAUUUGACAACUAUACCUUUGAUUACUAUUAUGAAUUUCCAGAGACCCAAACUGACAAUGUAGGUCUUCAUGCCUUCCAUAUAGCAUCUAUUGUAAUUUACUCUAUAGCAUUUUUAUUAGGCGUGCCUGGUAAUGCUAUUGUAAUUUGGUUUACCGGCUUCAAAUGGGAUAAGACCGUCAGCACCCUCUGGUUUCUCAACCUGGCAAUUGCGGAUUUAAUCUUUGUCCUCUUUCUGCCCUUACAUAUCACAUAUGUCGCCACAAACUUCCACUGGCCUUUCGGGAAAGCCCUGUGUAAGGUAAACUCUUUCAUUGCGGUACUCAACAUGUUUGCUAGUGUAUUUUUCCUUACGGUGAUUGGUCUAGACAGAUUUACAUCCUUUGCUUGUCCUGGCUUCUCGCAAAGACAUCGAACACUGAGAAAAUCCAUGAUCGUAAGUGGAAUUAUCUGGACAUUGGCUGCCAUUAUUGCUGGUCCUGCAUUAUAUUUCAGAGAUACAAUUGACUCAAGCCAUAAAUACACCAUCUGCUUCAACAACUUUCAUGAUCACGACCACACAGUCAUUCUAAGAACCCAUAAAGUUUUUACCUUAAUAAGGUUCUUCAUUGGAUACCUCUUUCCGCUUCUAACCAUGAUAAUUUGCUACUGUUUACUGGCUAUCAAAAUGAAAAAGAACAACACACGACCUCCCAAUACAUUUUUCUGGACUGUUCUAGCUAUUAUUGUAGCAUUUUUUGCCUGCUGGACUCCAUUUCACAUAUUCUGUUUGCUGGAACUUAAAGUUCAUCACAGUGGUGUCUAUCAAGAGUGGCUUAAAUUUGGCAUGCCCAUUUCUACUAGCUUGGCCUUCAUCAACAGCUGCAUUAACCCAAUUCUUUAUGUUCUGAUAAGCAAGGUAUUCAGAAAACAGUUAGGAACAUCAAUGGCAGAGAUAUUUAAACACACCCUCAAAGAUAUGAGCCAGACUGCUAUCAAGAGUGAUCAGUUAAUAGAUUCUGAGAACAAUCCAACGACCUGUGAGAUAAUGAAUCUUGAACAGAUUAAAGCGUAAAUCCAGGCUAAAGGUGGUGUAUUAUACUUGCAUGACUACAAAUAUCAAAAUAUAUGUUUAUGACAGAACUUUUAAUAUAUCUAUAGUAAUACUGCAUGUUACUUCGUGUCAUAGAACAGCAUUCCAAAUCUUAUGGUCAUGCUUGAAGAUCCCAAAAUAAAAUGGAAGAGCCAUGCAGAUGUACUUGCUAGUGGUUUGUAAUGAGCAGUUAAGUACCAAAGUGUUCUACAUCCAAUGGGCAACUUACAUUUCUAUAUCUCAGCAGAUACAUGGCUUAUAUUUUGCUACGAUUACUCAAACUGAAACUGACACCUAAGUGGAUAAUGAAAUAGAACCUGGCUUUACACAAGACAUCCAGAGAUUGAAAAUGGAAACUAAUCCAGAUGUUCAUCACUUUUCAUGAAGUUCUGUUAAUAAAGUCCUCCAGGGAUUAACCUACACUUACAGUUCAAACUGUUUUGCAGAUGAGCUCCAUUUCAAGACACUUCUGCACAAUUAACUGGUACAAAAGACUUCUGUUCAUCAAAAUAAGCUUUUUUUACACAAGCAGUAAAGUAUUGCUGCCCAUGUAUCUAAGACCAUCUGCAAUCACACAGAUCAAUUUUACAAACUAUGCAACAGUAAAGCACUAUCACCAUUAGAUAUGGGAAAAAUACCCAUCAAUAGGACAUCAGCCUAGGCUAUUGUAGUUUACAUGUAGACUGUCCCCUUGUAUGUGUUGUAGCUUAAAAGUGUUAUUGCAGCCAGCACAAUUACCGUUUUUUAGAAGUUACUGUGGGUGGUGGGAGUCUAUGUACAGUGAUUUAAGAUAAGAGUAUUUUGCACUGACUAGUUGCACUCCUGGAACGUGACUUAUGCAGCUCAUAAGUGAUAUCCAUGCUGCAGAAUGUCAAAUCUGUACCAGUUACAUCAGUAAAUAUGUUGGCAACAGCCUGUUUGCUUCCCCUUUACAAGAAGUGCUUCCACCAAGAAGUUUUGAUAGGAAUCCAUUUUUAGAUUUGAAUAAUGCCUCAAGUUCUGAGCAUUCACAUGGGGAGAAACCAAGUAAAUAAUGUUAAGGACAUUAUCUAAAGAUUUCACUUAAUAAAUUGUAGGCAAUUGACUAAACUAAUUCUAGAUCUAGGCAUACCCAAGCUAGUUACAGACUUAUUUGCUAUAGGCCUCUUAAAAAAAAAUAAAAAAUAUUCAACCCCUUGUCAGUUUUUACAUACACAGACUGAACAUUGAUGACCUGCACAACCCAAGUAAGAAC